AUGGCUAAUGACUUCUCAGCUACAGGACCAUGGGGUCUGUGUGGUCUGAUUUUCUUUGUAAAUCUUUGUAAAUUUCUCUCUCUCUCUCUCUCUCUCUCUCUCUCUCUCUCUCUCUCUCUCUCUCUCUCUCUCUCUCUCUCUCUCUCUGCAGGUCGGUGUGACUUCUACGCUUCCCGCGCCACUUUUUUGCCUUUCAUGUUCGCCCUCAUCGGCCAGCACCAUAGCCCCCUCGUUCCUGCCCUCUCCUCCAGGUUGAGGCCACGGGCGCCGGCAGCGACGCACCGCAAGCCUGAGCACCAGCAGACUCCGGCCCACAGACAGCCGGAGCAGCGGGCGCCUGGGCGGCGGCAGCAGCCGACGCCCGGGGUACCUCCGGCGAUCCUACAACUGGCGCCGGAGUUUGCAGCUUGGAUCCGCGCGGUGACGGAGGCAGGGCUGUACAGUCAUUGGCUGGACGCGGCGAUCCCCAACGCCACCUCCUGCGCCAACCGUCCCACCAGGCUCACCGUCACCUCGACCCUCGGCCUUCAAAACCUCUGGGGGAUGUUUUCUCUCCUUGGUGGUGGGGCGGCGGUAUCGGCCUUAAUUUUCGUGGGUGAGCUGCUGGCAUCCCGCUUCAGACCUUCAAUUCCUCUCCGUUGA